CCCGCCACCUGUGCACGCCACCUGUGCCCGUCUGCCUGUGCCUGUCUGCCCGUGCCGCUCCGCAGCCGCCAGCAUGAACAAGGGCCUCUGGCACACGCUUAAAACGAAAAAAGAACUCAUUCCCUUGUUCUCAAUAAUUUCCCUGGCAGCAACUGGGGCGGUCUCUUUUUGUAUAUAUUCCUUAUUCCGCAAAUCUGAUGUGAUCAUUCACAAGAUUGGCAGUUCAGAGCCAUGGGAACGUGUUGAUCCUACCAAGCCUCAGAAGCUGGUAACAAUUCAUCAGAAGUGGGAACCUAUAGAAGAGCUGGAAACAGUCAAAAAGCUCAGGAAGUGAGAAGUUUCUGCUACCUGAAAAAGGUUCUUUUACAAUGGAUGUUCAGAAUUCAUAAUCCUUUCUGUGAGGAAGAAAGCAGAAGUGAAACAACUCCUAAUUGGGAAAAGUCCCCUUAAAUGAGUAAUAGUCAAGUGCUUUGCUGCAGCAAAGGCAAACUUCAGUUAGAAAACCUGUCUCUUGAAUUCUAAGGUAGUUUAGUUUCAGAAGCUCUAUGUUUUCUUCAGCUGAGAAAAAAAAUUAUUUAAAUGUUGCAUAAAUAUUUGUUUAUCUAGUAAGGAUGACUCAGCAGAAUUUCUGGUUUAGAGGUGAGAGGAGCUACUAGUCUUCAGAAUACAUUCUUAGCUUGGAUUUUAAGGAAUGACAUUACAAGAAGAUUGGGUAGCAUAGAACCACAAAAAUACAGUGCUCUGAGGAAUACAAGUUUUAAGUAUUUUCAACAGAAAAUGUGUUCAAAUAUUUCUCUGUAUUUCUGUAUUUCUGCUGGACUGUAGCAAAAACUAAGUCCUGUGCUCUAAGUUGAUGCAUUAAUUGAGUUUGUUCUUCAAUAAGUCACUUUUUUGGCUGCAAAUACUAUAACCUAAGUGUCUGUCAACACUGGGAAAAUAAGUGUAAGUAAUAGUAAUUUUUAGUUAAUUUUUAUAUUUAGCAUGUUUCAGUGAUGUUUCCAGUAGCACAUUAAGCAGUGUGACUGCUGUCAGUCACAGGUUGUUGUUUCUCUUAACAUGUCCUGAAGCAUAACAGCUCUGGUAAUAAAAUUGUUUUGCUUUGUAAGAUGUUCUGUUUUUCUUUAUUAAAACAGA